AUGACUUUUGGUAAUAAAGGUUGGCAUAAAUGGGUUAUAGAUGACAAGCAAAAAUCAUACAAGAUUCUAAAAAGAGCCUAUGACUUGGGUUUAAGAACGUACGAUACUGCUGAUCUGUAUAGCAAUGGCCAAAGUGAAAUUAUUAUUCUAGGUGAAUUUUUAAAGGAAUAUAACAUUUCAAGAGAAACUGUAGUGAUCAUGACUAAACUUUUUGCUCCAGUUGAUGAUACAUUACCCGAUUAUCAACCCACUGGCGGGCUACAUGGGAACCAAACCAUUCAUUUUGCUAAUCAAAGGGGUUUGUCGAAAAAGCAUAUUAUUGAAGCUUGCAAAAACUCUCUAAGAAGAUUAGGAACUUAUAUCGAUGUUUACCAGGUACAUAGAGCUGACCCAGAUACACCGAUGGAGGAAACGAUGAGGGCUUUGAACGAUGUUGUUCAGCAAGGGCUAACUAGAUACAUUGGAGCUUCUUCCAUGCUAGGUACCAAAUUUGCAGAAUAUCAAUUUAUUGCUGAGAAAAAUGGCUGGUCUAAAUUUGUUAAUAUGCAAGAUUGUUAUAACUUAUUAUAUAGAGAAGAAGAGAGAGAAAUGAUUCCAUAUAUUAAGAAGCACGGUAUUGCUCAAACACCAUGGUCACCAUUACAAAGAGGUUUAUUAUCCAGACCUGUUGAAGGUUCUUCAUAUAGAGAGGAUAAUGACAGAGUUUUGAAAGGUCAAAGACUGAAUCAAUACGAAGAUUUUGAGAUUGAAAUUAUCAAGCGUGUGGAAGAAAUCUCCAAAAAACGAAACAACCCUAUGGCAGUGAUUUCUACAGCUUGGGUAUUGAGUAAGGGUACUUUCCCAAUUCUUGGGUUAAAUUCUGUGGAAAGAAUGGAAGAUGCUGUUAGAGCAUUGAAUAUCGAAUUGACUGAAGAAGAGCUUAAAUAUUUGGAAGAACCAUAUAAACCAAAAAAAUUGGUUCAAUAA